AGGUGAGGCGGCCCCGCCCCGUCUCCUGGCCCGGGUGGCAGCAGGUGAGCGGCGAGUAUGGCGGACUCCCAGCUGAUCUGCCUGGACGACACGCACGUGAACGAGAAGGUGACCGAGGCCCAGGCCAGGUUCUACUACAGCGAGGGGCAGCGCCGGGCGCUGCAGGAGCUGGUCGCCAAAGGCGAGCCGGGCUACCGGGAGCAGCUGCAGAAGGGGCAGCUGCGGGACUUCCUCUCCAGCCGCGAGCUGCGAGCCCUGCCGGACGACUGGCGCCGCUACGAUGCGCACCUGGAGGGCGGUGGGGCCGGCGGCGAAGGCGUCUCGCUGGCCUACUGGCCGGAGUGCUCCGACACGGAGGUGCCGCCGCUGGACUUGGGCUGGACGGACAAGAACUUUUACCGGGGCAUCAGCCGGGUGAGUCUCUUCACCCACCCCAGGAAGGAGGAGAACGCGCCGCACCUCAAACAGGUCAUUCGGGAGCUGAUCCAGCAGGCACAGAGGAUCAUUGCCGUGGUAAUGGAUCUGUUUACAGACCGGGACAUCUUCCAGGAUAUUGUGGACGCAGCAUACAAGCGCCGGAUCCCAGUCUAUAUAAUCCUAGAUGAGGAGGGUGUGAAGUUCUUCCUGGAGAUGUGCAAGUGUAUGAAUCUCAAUAGCUUCCAGAUCCAGAACAUUCGUGUACGUUUUGUGACGGGAGUUGGGUUCUAUAUGCCAUCAGGGAAGAUCAAAGGCAUCUUGGCCUCCCGGUUCCUGAUGGUGGAUGGUGAACAAGUGGCCACUGGGUCCUACAGUUUCACUUGGAGCUCAUCCCACAUCGACAGAAACAUCCUCCUGUUGUUGACGGGACAGAAUGUGGAGAUGUUUGACAUAGAGUUUCGUGAGCUCUACGCCAUCUCCGAGGAGGUCAAUCUCUACAAGGAGCUGAACAUUGCUAGCCCUUUUCAUUCAGGAGCUGGGAUAUCGGAGUUUCGCUCCUCCACUGUGUCUCGUAAGGUGAUCAACCCCAAGUAUGGUCUGGUGACAGGGGCUGCCCCUGGUGAAAUGUUCUGGGCUUCGCGCCAGAGGCAGGAGGCACAGGAGAAACUGGAAAAGAAUGAGGAGGAAAGUGAGUCAAAGAAGCGGCUGAAUCAGUUUCUGAAUGACUUGAUCACGGUGGAGCAGGUGCUACCAGAAAUUCUGCCACCUCUCGAGAACUUGGGGAGAGUGAACCGGAGUCCCCAGAGAUUGUUCUCCUUCUUCCAUCGGGAUCCGAAACGUAAAUCCAAAUCCAGGGAGUCCAUUCAUGACACCAAGAAGGAUGAGGAGGCUGGCAGUUCUGUUGCCAACGGGGAAGCCAACUCCAAGCAGGGUAAGAGGUUUGGCAGCGAGUUUUUCAGCAGGAAAGCUAAACGGCCCCCAGUCAUGAACACUGAGGCCAAUUCUUUUGCCAGUGGGGGAAUCUCAGGCGAAGAGUUUGAGAUUGUGAAGACGACAGGUGAGGACCUGAUCAGCUUCAGCCCUGUCAGCAUUCGGAGUAGUGCGGGCACCUCAGGUAAAAUGAACCCAAACUCUCUCACAGGGGAUAAAACCAAACAGUCAGCCUGUGUGAUGUCUUGAUCUGGAAGGAAUGUCAGGAGAAUUGAAGACCCCAAAAGAGCAUUUGAUGGAACGUAUGACUUCUUACCCAUUUAAAACCUGCAGACUUGUUCUCAGACAAAUGGUCUUUCAAACCAUUGUAAUGUCGAGGAUGCAGCUUGCACCUCCAGUGAAAGCACACGUGUUGCACAAAGCAUAAAAAUGUGGGUGCUUCCUAUAUAAGGAUUAGCGGUGAAAGUGUUAAUGUCAAUAUUUAACUGUGAUAAUUGAAACUCGGAGCUAAGCCCCAUUGAGAUGAAUGCAGGGGAGCUUUCCACUUCUUAAUGCAGCUAUUUCAAUCUAUCUAGCUACAGACUCAAAAGGACAGCAUUGCAUCAUUUGGGAGAAAAUUGUGAAAUCUGCAGAUCAUGUGGAUUUUCCUUUUCCAUGGAUUUCUAUAGAUUUCUGUUAUCAGCAGAGACCGGUAGAAGAUUCAGUGGAUGAAGAACGUGGAUUUGGUUGGAAGAGACCAGGGGGUUAGUAUGCUAGCUCUUCACUUCAUGUCAACUGAGCUGAAUGAUUUGGUAAUAAUUUCCCCUAAGGAGAAGACAAGGUUUGGAAUAUAAGGGAAUGCUUCAGACCAAGAUCGAGGUGCGUGUGGAGUCCCAGACCUGGGAUAGCAAGGAGUGCUGCAAGAUUAUACAGGACCACAAGAGAUGAAUCAUAAAAUCAGUUUAAUCAUUAAUUCCGUGCUCUUGAUCUUAAUGGAAAGUGAGUAGGUAAAGGGACACGUCUUGAAGGCUGAAAAGACAAGGGGAGAUGGGUGAAAGUUUUAAACGUCUGGCUUACUUUCCAUUUUUAGUUAACCUCCCACUUCCAAAUAGAGGUUCCCAUCCCAUAAAUAUAUGGAGACACCAGUUAUUGUGCACACCCCCAUUGGAUUCAUUCAGUAUUUGGACUAGCUUUUUGUCCUGACGUGUUUGAGUGAAUUUUUGCAGGCAGAUCACCACAAUAUGCUGCCUUCAACAAACCCUCAGUGAUUUGUAAGAAAAAUACAUCAUAAUGGUAAAUAACCACCUAAAUAUAAAUAAUAUAUUUGUACUAACACGUUAUUGAACACAGCAAAGGAAAUAUGAUUUCUUUAAUGAAAAUGAACAAAGUUCAGCACACAUUCCAGUUGUACUUGGAAUUUGUAGCAAAGAACACCCACCCAGAAAUAAACUAUCCCAAAUAUUCUGCUGGGUCUUUGAUCACUGUGAUUGUAUGAUGAGGGAGUUUCCUGCAAUUGAUAAAAUCUGAUCAAUUGAACAUAAGAACGGCCAUAUUGGGUCAGACCAAUUGUCCAUCUAGCCCAGUAUCCUGUCUUCCAAGAGUGGCCAAUGCCAGGUGCUCCAGAGGGAAUGAACAGAGCAGGUAAUAAUCAAGUGAUCCAUUCCCUGUCGCUCAUUCCCAGCUUUUGGUAAACAGAGGCUAGGGACACCAUCCCAGCCCACCCUGGCUAAUAGGCAUUGAUGGACCUAUCCUCCAUGAAUUUAUCUAGUUCUUUUUGAACCCUAUUAUGGUCUUGGCCUUCAUAACAUCCUCUGUCAAGGAGUUCCACAGGUUGACUGUGCGUUGUGUGAAGAAAUACUUCCUUUUGUUUGUUUUAAACCUGCUGCCUAUUAACUUCAUUUGGUGACCCCUAGUUCUUGUGUUAUGAGAAGGAGUAAAUAACACUUCCUUAUUUACUUUCUCCAUACCAGUCAUGAUUUUAUAGACCUCAAUCAUACCUCCCCCCCCUUUAGUCGUCUCUUUUCCAAGCUGAAAAGUCCCAGUCUUAUUAAUCUCUCUUCAUAUGGAAGCCAUUCCAUACCCCUCAUUGCGUCCUGUCCACAGCCAAUGCCCUGCCUGGAAGUUGCUCAUUGUAGCAGAUUUCUUCCUAUCACCAGGUCUGGGUCUCAAAUACCAUGAUGGUGGAUUUUGUAUAAGAACAUGAAUGGAAUUCUCUGUCUCUCCCUACUUUUAUUUAUAGGGACAGCAAACAGUCAUGAGCUGCUACAAUAAGCAUGUGCAGUAUAUUUAAUAUCAAUGACAAGUGAACUGCUUCUACUGCUGAACAUGCUCACAAGAACCUCACUUGACCUUAAGCUGGCCAUGGUAUCUUUCCUUCAUUCUACUAGGUAUGCUCACCCCAAUGUAAGUUGACAAAGUGAUUGCCAGUCAGUAUAGCCAGCCUGGGAACAGACGGUACCCCUACAACUGGUUCAACCAACUCUAACCUAACAGCAGCUCUUUAUAAAGCUUCCCCUCCUCAGUAACACAGCACAGGUAGCAGUUUACACCAUCACUUAAACACAUGAAUAACUUCAUACAUGAGUAGUGCCACUCAAUUAAGCAGGGCUACUCACAUAUGUGAGUAUUUCCAGUAUUUAACAUGGCUUGCUCCUUCUAAACUGAGGUGGCUUAGUUUGUCUUGGUUCUAUUAUCUUCCUCUUUGUUUGGAGAUUUUUCUCUUUUUACUUGUAUUUGUUUAACUUCAAUCUCUGAUAAAGUAAUUAAGUUAACCAUGGCCAGGAUUGCUUUUCAUACACUUUCUAAUUGGUCAGACGAUUGUCUGAUUUCAAGCCUCUGGUGCUUCCCUAUUCUCUGUGACCAAGUAUUGUUUUUUAAAAUGUGGUUUAAUAAAUACACUAGCUAAUUCACCAAACAACAAGAUGAUUUAAAUAGUCUUGUAUCGGGUUUUGAUCAAUAUAUUUUAAAGGUCUUCAUUACUAUCCACAUAUCUUUUUCUUAUUUUUCUAAUUAAGAGAGACUUAAAAGGAAAUCAAUACCUCAGCCAUUCCUUUGCUGUUAAUGUCAUUCCUGCCUCGGUUAUUAAUGGACUGAAUUUCUCUUUGGUAUUACUUGAUAUAAAAACCCUUAUUUCCGUUAAUCUCACUGGCUAACAUAAACUUGAUCAUCUUGUUUUACUGUACUUAUUUUUCCCUGCAGAUCUUGUCUGAGUGUCCAUUUUUGUUUUGUCACACCCAGCUGCCACAUACAAUUUUUUGGUCUGUUUUUCUUCCAAUUUUUAGUAGCCUCAGGAAUUAGUUUUAUGCCUUAUCUCUGGAGUCUGAUAGGACUCUUCAGCCUUAUUAUACAAAACUAGAUUUUAAUAAUAUUUAUUAGAUUUCUUAAUUUACACUAAACUUGCUGUCUUGCACUCUAAUGCCGCAUCUUCUGAACCCAUUCCUUAACAAUGUCAGUGGAACAUUUCUGGGAUGCAGACAGCCCAGCAGAUCCAGGCGAUCUUCUCUCAAAUGCAGAGCUGAAUGUUUUAGCACGCCAGGUUCCUUACUUCUACACUGCAGAUAAGUCUGGUUGUUCCCAUAGCAAUAGGUCUGUGCAUGGGUGAGAUAAUCAUGAUUUAUUCUGACCAGCCGUAUUCACUGUGGUUCUCAAAGUGCUUGGGGAAUUCAGGGCCUGCAACUUGUGAAAUGGACCCUUGCCCCUCUGAUGGAUAAAAUGUAGUUGGGAGGUGGGACGGGGACAUGUGCAAAGAUAGUCAGCACCUCGUUAAGGGAGGGCAAGAUGGCAGCAGUUCUCAAUUAACCUAGGUUGGGCUCUUGCUGGACAAGCCAUCUUUUGAUGCUGAUAUUGCCAAUUAGAACCAUGUGUCUAACCUUCCUUUUUGGGAAGAUUACUUAAGAAGAUUGUGAGGAAGCAACUCUAGCACUUUUUGGCCCCGGUCAAUCCAGUGAGAGUGCCUCAACUUUGGAACUUGCUUCCCCUUUGGUCCAGCAGAGCCAGAGUUCACUGAUCUUCCUGGCACAUCAUGAAGCCUAUCUUUAUCCACAGACUUUUGCUAUAGGAUAACAAAGUUGGGGCUCUCUUUUCUGGGAGAGACUGAGUCCUUUGGUUGACAUUGUGCCAAUUUAUUGUACUUAUUUGUGUCUUUAAUGUGUACAUGUGCCAAGGAAUCAUGAAAGAUGCAUUUUAUGAGUCAAAUAAACAAAUUCCUAACAUGUUCCA